AUGGGGGACUUACCGCGAGUUCGAGUCACACCAGCUAAACCCUUCUUAAACACCGGCAUGGAUUUUGCCGGCCCGUUCCAUAUCUUGAUAUCUAGAGGAAGAGGAGCAAGGACAAACAAAGCAUACAUUGCUCUCUUUGUCUGUAUGUCGACGAAAGCGAUUCACUUAGAAUUAGUGGGAGAUCUUACCUCAGAUGCCUUCAUCGGAGCCUUCAGAAGAUUCGUAGCUAGACGUGGAAGAUGCGCUCACAUCUGGAGUGACCAAGGACGUAACUUUGUUGGGGCAAACAGGAUACUCGCAGCAGAAUGGGCUGAAGCCAGGCUUCAACUUGAGGGUCCGAUUGCGGAGACGCUAGCAAUGGAUGGGACUGAAUGGCAUUUUAUUCCCGCCUAUAGCCCACACAUGGGUGGACUGUGGGAGGCGGGAAUCAAAUCGAUGAAAAACCAUUUAAAACGGAUAAUGACCUCUCACGUAACUUACGAAGAAAUGAGCACCUUGUUAUGCCAGAUUGAAGCUUGCCUCAACUCACGACCGCUUACCGUAUUAAGGGACACAGACACAGACAACAUCCAACCAUUAACGCCUGGCCAUUUCCUUGUCGGUGAGACGCCUAUUACGGUUCCAACACCAGACUUCCAAAACAUCCCAACAAGUCACUUAUCAAGAUGGCAAUACCAACAAAGAUUGUUGACGGACUUCUGGCGUCGAUGGCAACAAGAAUACCUGUUGAGAAUGCAACAGUGUCCAAAAUGGCAGAGGAAGUUCAAGGAAUUUGACAUAGGUCAAAUUGUCCUCGUAAAAUCAGAUAGUUUGCCCCCAGGUAAAUGGAUGAUGGGACGUAUUGUAAAAAAACAUCCGGGUGCUGACGGUGUCACUCGUGUGUACAGUGUAAAGAGUGGUGCUAGUGUCGUGCAAAGAUCUGUAAAUAAGCUGUGUUAUUUACCAAUAGACAUUGAAUAA